GCGGGGCUUAGUAACACUAGUCCGCUUAUGAUGAAGUGAACUAACCUACUUUACUCAGCUGUUAAUUUGUUUCUUUUGUCUGACUAAAACGGGGGUUUUGUUUUGAGGCGUGGUUAUGUUAUCACAAUAGGCAGGUAUGAAGUUGAUACGUUAUUAGGCUGCUCAGCGUGUGGGUUCAUCAGCAGGACUGUGCUAAGUGUCCAGUGAAGCACAUGAAGAAGAGAGAACAAAGAAGUCCCAAUGCUAUUCUUUCCCUUUGUGGCUUAGAAAGGGUACAGAGGCAUGGCCCUGCAGGCAUCUCCUUUUCCUAAUGGCUUUGUUACGGGCAUCCAUGCUGUGGGAUGGGCAUUCAUCCUGCCUUGUUUCUGGUCUCUUGAUCGGCUUCUUGCUGUGUGCAAGUCCACCACGUGGGAGCGAGCCCAGCGUGUGGAGCAGGAGUGCUACCUCCACCCUCUGAAGGUCUUCUUUGGCUCCAUUCUCUUCUUCAUUCUUUUCCUGGUUACAGCACCCUUGGCUUUACUUGGCUUAUUGCUCUGGGCUCCUGUUCAGGCCUGCCGCAGACCAUUUUAUUACCACAGAGUGACUCCAUUCUCACCAGAGAAAGAGACGCAUAAGGGCUUUGAACUUGCAGGAAAGGCAUCGUUUGGCUUUGCUGCAGCUAACUUGUGCCUAUUACCAGACGGUGUGGCUCGCUUUAAUAACCUGGGACACACCCAGCGGAGGGCGUCUGCCAUCGGUCGGCGCAUUGUACAAGGUCUGUGCCGCCCCCACAUCCGCAUCUUUGUUGACUCUCCUAGCAGCAUUGGUACUCUCAGUCCAUCCAACAGCAUACUCAACACAGUUAACUCCUCUACAUAUGGGGCUACAGAUAGACCAACCCAACCCCCCCUGAGUCAUAGUUCAGACUCCGGUGAAGGACCUGUUUCAGUCCCAGUGGCUAAUAGUCAUGUGGUUUGUUUGCCCUGUGAUGAUGUAGAAGAAGUGAGGACUGAUUCGCCUUCUGCUGUGACCGCUUCAGAUCAGAACUCCAGCCAGCAUGGCCAAGCAGGUCAACAGAGUGCCCCCCGGGCUUUACAUGGACUUCGGCAUCAGGAUGAUGUACCCUGGGAGGUGUCUUCAUUGUUUCCAGCCAAUGUGGACAUACUGUGUUUAGAGGAGGUAUUCGAUAAGCGGGCUGCAAAGAAACUCACAGAAGCACUAAGACCAGUGUUUGGACACAUAUUAUACGACAUUGGUGUGUAUGCCUGCUAUCCACCAUGCAGAUGUUCCUCCUUCAAGUUCUUCAACAGUGGCCUGUUUGUAGCCAGCCGAUUCCCAAUACUUGAGGCCCAGUACCACUGCUUUCCCAACAGCAGUGGAGAAGAUGCUCUGGCUGCCAAGGGCCUGCUUUCUGCUAAGGUGCUAAUUGGGCGCAAUCAGAAGCAAAAGAAAGUGGUUGGUUAUUUUAACAGCACACAUCUUCAUGCACCAGAGGGGGAUGGGGAGAUUCGCUGUGAGCAAUUAAGUAUGAUAAUCAAGUGGAUUAGUGAUUUUCAAGCUGCCAACAAAGAGCCAGAUGAGGAAGUUAUUUUUGAUGUGCUUUGUGGUGAUUUCAACUUUGAUAACUGUUCACCUGAUGACACACUGGAACAGAAUCACAGUCUGUUUGAGUGUUACACAGAUCCCUGCAGAGCAGGACCUGGAAAAGAAAAGCCUUGGGCCAUUGGCACUCUAUUGGAGCAGCCCACCUUGUACGAAGAUGAUAUUAAUACCCCAGAGAAACUUCAACGAACCUUGGAAAGUGAGGAGCUGAGAAAACAGUAUGUUUCCCCUCCUGUUCCUGCAAAGGGCUGUCCAUUGGUUUAUCCUGAGAACAGCCAGCCGUGGAUUGGAAGACGAAUCGACUACAUUCUGUAUCGAGAAAACUCUAUUUCAAAGCACUGCCGAACAGAAAUUGAGGAGGUGACUUUUAUAACACACUUGGCUGGCCUAACGGACCAUAUUCCUGUGGGUUUGAGACUGAAUAUAAUUAUGGAUUCUGAUGGUGAUCAUGAAUGAAGACGUCAAAAUACAAGAACAAAAUGUCCUAAAAUGCCCUUGUUUGUACAGUUGAAUUUGUGAUUUCAACAGCAGUCUGGUUAUAGGUUAUAUUUUUUUAUGGAAUUAUUAUUGUUUUAUGACAAUUGUAUUUUUGUGUACAAUUUUAUACUUUAUAACAGUAAUUUUGUUAAACAGUAUAUUUUAGGACUUUUCAUUCUUAAAAUAUUCCUACAAAAAUAAAUGCAAAGCAUUUACGUCA